UUUCCCUUCGGACCCACCCAAAAAUCAAGCCCAACCCAACUGUCACGUACUCCUGCUCCUUCUACCUCUGCUUCUACUCUCUCCUUCACUCACCCAACACCAACAACAUUGUUAAAGCUUUUGUCUUUCUUCUUUCUCAUUGCUUCUCUCCACUUCCAGUCUUUAAUGGCUGCCCUUAUGUUCGAGCCUUCUUCUUAAACAUAAACACUAGUGGGUCAGUGGCUGGCUUCUCUUUUUAGCUGUCAAAAAUAGAUACCCACUACUCAAAAAGUCUAUCUUGCUCACUUAGGGUGUUGGGUAAAAAUUCACCAGAGAAUUUGAUCUCUGGAAAAAAGAGUAUAUUUUUGCAAGAAAAAUCAAAACUUUUGUUAUCUUGGGUUUCAUCUGGGUGUUUCGUUUGGAUUGGUUUUGAGGGUCUCUGGCAGCUGCAGCAUUGUAGUGAGUUGAAGUUUUCUCACUGGGUGAAGCAUUGACCUUGUUAGAGGGAUUUUUGUAUUAAAAAAGAAGCAGAGGUCCAGCUGCAUGCUUCUUGUGUUGAGUUGUCUGAAUUAUCAAUUCUAUCGUGCAGAACUCAAGAUUUUGUGGAUCGAAUUUGAGAAAAGAAAUUUGGGUUUCUAUGUCUUUCAAGCCUGUGAUCAAAUCCCCACAUCAUUGCUUAGUUUUUGUUCACUGAAGUUUCAGGGUGAAUUUUUGGUUUUUUGACCCUUUUUGGGUGAUCAUCAUAGCUGAGGAGGCAUAUAGUCAUAUUGGUUGGUCUUAUUUUCUGGGAAGGAAGACCAAAUUGCAAGAAUCUUUUUUGAGACUUUAGUGGAGAAUGUUGAGUUGCCGUUUAAGGCUUUUUUGAGUGGUGGAAAAAGCUUUGAUUCCUUGCCAUCCAAAUAAAGCUUUGGUUUCCUUGAGCUUCACUCUGUUAUAAGACUUGAGGAGCUGGAAUUAGAAUCUUUGCUGGCUUCUGCAACUGCCUUUUCUAGCUGAGUUUGUUCUCUCUUCUGCUGAACUGAAUUCAAGGCUCUGAAGUUUGAGCCGGUUAUUGACAGAUUUUUGGAUGAAAAAGAUCAUAUAAAAAUUACUCCUGAUGGCAAAGAAGUCCCAGAGACGCUCUGUUCGGUAUGAGAAAGAUCAGUUAGGAUGUAUGUGGGGAUUGAUCAACAUCUUUGAUUUUCGGCAUGGCCGCCCCAACUGGAAGAUGAUAUCUGAUAAGAGGCAUGGAAGCAAGCAAGCUAUUGAUACUGGGUCUCCAAGGAACAAGUUUGAGGUGUUGAGUGGUCUGGAUGAGGACCAUCAAGGCACUUUUGAAAGCAAUGGGGAGACAACAGCAACAGCGGCGAGCGAUGCUUGUAAGCCUAGUGUGAAGAAACUUAUAGAAGAAGAAAUGUCCAGUGAGCAAGACAUGAAGAAAGAGAUCAACACUGAUGAAGUAGCUAGUAACCAGACUGAUGCAAGCCGGUCAAUGAAGGACCAAAAAAGGACUAAGAAGACCCGUAAGAAAAGCCGGGAUAUGGAUACCUAUAAUUUGAUUGGUUCUGAGACUUUGGAACCUGUAUGCUCCUGUAAUCAGAAACAAGAUCAUAAAUCUAAAACUAACCGUGGCGUAGAUGAGAUAAUAGAAGAGGUAUGCUGCCAGAUCCAUCAAAAGUAUACUAGUGUGACUCAUGACCUGAAUGGUGAGGCUCCUGUCAAGUCGAACUACAAACAUUCUGAUCUUGAAGAGAAAUUAUGCAUGACAAUCAAGGAGUUCAUGAAUCAGAAGUUUACUGAUGGGAAGAAUCUCACAGAAGAUCAGAAAAUUCAGCACUUCAGAGAACUAAUGGAUGCACUUGAGACCUUAAGUUCAGAUGAGGAAUUGUUUAUGAAACUCUUACAAGAUCCAAACUCGCUUCUGGCAAAGUAUGUCCUGAACUUGCAGGAUUCUCAGAGAGAAAAAGAUCAAGAAUCCAAGGCUGUUAAAGAGUCCAACACGACAGAGAAGCUCGAGGAUUCAAAACUACGCGAGGAGCUUGUCAUCCGUAAACAGCGAUACUUCUUCGGGAAAAAGAGCAAGCCUCAAGAGAAAGAACCAGCUGAGGCCAAUGAGAAUCUUGAAGCUUCAAAGAGAAUUGUUAUUUUGAAGCCUGGGCCUACAGUUUUACGGGAAUCUGAAACCGAAAGUAACAAGAUCACAGAGUCCCAUUACAUAGUAAGAAGCAAAGGGCCAAAUGCAAAAGUUGGCUCUCACUUUUUUCUAUCUGAAAUGAAAAGGAAACUGAAGAAUGCUAUGGGAAAGCAACAGCAUGGGGUAUCAACCAUUGGAAAUUCUAACAAAUUGCCUGAGCAUCAAAGUUUGGCAGAUAGUGACAAAGGAAGUGUUAAGGAUAAGUUUGGAAGUUCUCCUAGUAAAGAUCACUUCUACAUGGAAAGAAUUGCUAAACCUUCUGGUGUUAUCAAGAGAGCAGACAAGAGUGGCAAAACAAAAGAGUCUGAAAUGAAUUUGAGAAAUGAAGAUCAAGGUAUUGCUGAUCAAAGGGUAUCUAACAUCUACAUUGAGGCCAAGAAACAUUUAUCUGAGAUGCUGAGCAAUGGAGAUGCAGUUAUCGAUUUCUCAGGACAACACUUCCCCAAAACCUUGGGAAGGAUUCUCUCUCUUCCCGAGUACAAUGUGUCUCCUAGGGGAAGUCCUGGAAGGGACUCGGAGCUUGGAUUUGUUACUGCACAAAUGAGAUUAUCUCCUCGUGACAAAGUUUGGAGGGCCAAUGAGAAUGUAUGGUCUCCUAAGCAAGAGAAAAAUGUCAGUCCUCUAGGUCAGGUACCACAAAACGUAGAGAAUCGGCUGUCUGUUUCUGACAACAACCCAGACCAUAAAGUACAGCCUUCUAAUUUUCUACAAAGCACCUCCGUUGAUUUAAUUAAUGACAGUGAAACAGAAGAAAGCCAUGUUUUGAUUAAAGAGGAGAUGAAUCCUGAAGGUGAUAUAGAUAUUACAAAAGAGAUUGAAGUUAUAGCUUGGGAAGAAGAAAGUAUACAGGAUGCUCCUUCUGAACCAAAUGGCUCGUCCACUGUUGAUCAAAGUGGCAACAUGACUGAAGUUCUGGAUGAUGAAAGAUGUUCAGAAUGGCUAAAACAGAAUGAUUAUGAAGAGAUUGCAGGACAAUCUUCUGCAUUAUCAUCCCCAUCCAGCUCUCCAACCAUCAAACAUGUUGAAGGUUUAGAUAUUGUCAUCGGCACACCAGAGAGACCAAGUCCUGUUUCAGUUCUUGAUCCAUUAUACUCGGAGGAUGAGAUCAGUCCUUCAAAGACCAUUUCUCAACCUGUAGAGCUACCAGUCCAACCCCUACGGAUCCGAUUUGAAGAUCAUGGAUAUUCAGCCAUAGAUGAAGCUAACAGUGGAAAAACUUGUACAGAAGACAAGGAACUAACAUAUGAUUUUGUAAAAGAAGUAACGCAAGCAUCCGGCUUCAACUGGGAAGACUUCUGCAUGAAGUGGCUUUCUUCAGACCAGCUUAUUGAGCCAUCAUUAUGUGAUGAUUUAGUAUUUUGUCCUAACUCGCUCUGCUAUGACCAGAGGCUCCUUUUUGACUGUAUCAAUGAAGUUCUAGUGGAAGUUUGUGGGCGGUACUAUGGUUGCUUCCCUUGGGUAUCAUCGGUGAAAUCUCUAAGGCCAGUGCCAGAUAUGAAGACUGCUAUACAUGAGGUUUGGGUAGAAGUUUACUGGCAUCUCCUUCCACUCCCAUCACCACAUACUUUGGACCAGAUAGUGGCAAAAGACUUGUCAAGAACUCAGGCGUGGAUGGACCUUCGAUUUGACACUGAAACUUUUGGCACUGAAAUGGGUGAAGCCAUUCUUCAAGACUUGAUCGAAGAUGUCAUAUCAAGCUAUAAUGGAAGUCCCAUAGGUGAAGAUGCAUUAGUGUCUGAAGAAUUACAUGAAGCUGAGCAUUCUCAACCUGUUAUUUAAAAUACACCUCAUACACUUCAUGUUCAUACCGGACCCCAACUCACACCGCCUUUUUGUGGCGGUUGAAGGCAAAGUCAUUCUUUGUUCUUCAAUGGGAUAAGCACCAGCAUGUCAACUGUUAAGAGGAAGUCUUCAUCAGCUUUGUUGAAUAUUCUGGAUCCAAUAUGGCAUGGCUUUGUGACUUCAAUUAUGUAGAUAGUAUAGAAUAUGCCCAUUGCUAAGGAGCAUCCUUGGGCAGCAGGCAUCAGAUGUAUGAUCCCUGAUGGAUGUGGAUCAGAUAUCAAGUUUGCAAAGUCUCCUUGCAAGAACCCAGAUGCUUCAACGUUGAGGCGGUAGAAUGUAGUGUUGUGCUUUUAAAAUGUAGAUUCCUAAUUCCUGUAUAGGGUGCGUGUUGUUUUAGUUGAGGUGUGUUCUUCGUUUGGCUUCAUAAGUCAUUCCUAACUGGAGUGCUAUCUUAUUCUGUU